GCAAACAAUGACAGGUCAUUUUGUAUUCAUCGCCCUCUCUACACAGUACUUCAGAACCAUCUUCACCUCUUCCAGUCAUCUCCAGACAUCUCGCUCGUCACUGCAAACCCGUCAAACUCGGCGUGCAACCCUAUCGAUAAGCGCCCGGCCCGCGUUCAUCCCCGACAUCCAUCCCCCUCACCACCACCACCACCACCACCAUGUCGGAAGACGAGGAGGCACUUCAGCCCUCCUACCGUCCUGUCAAGCCCAUCCCCUUCGAACUCAUCCAACACUCCGGCAUCUUCCUGGAAGAGAAACUCUACACCCAAGCUCUCGACCUCCUCCUGAGCAUCCUCACCUCUGCCACCCCAGCCCCGACCCCGAUCUUCGCUCCCCUCCCACAGCACCUCGCCGUGGCCGCGACCUUCCUCGUCCACCCGUCCACGACCACGCGCGCCAAAACCGCCGAAGAAGCCGAAGCCCCGAAUGCCGCGCUCCGACUCCUCCGCCUCACAAAUACCCUGGCGGGGCCGGUGUCCGCCAACUUCGGCCGCGCCUUCUCCUUCACGCACUUUGAGACCUCUCGGCGCGGCAGACGACGCCACGACCACGACGAGGACGACGAGAUGAAGCCCCUCAACCUCGACCUGGGGCAGUCGGCGUCGGUGUGGUCGCGCGCCGAAGACUUCUGGCACGCCGUCGGCUGGGCGUUCAAUUGCUCCGUGCUGCAUCCCCAGCGCUGGAAGAGAUGGCACACCUGGUUGGAGUUCAUGUGUGAGGUGCUGGAGGAUGAUUGGGCGGAGCGGAUGCGUCUGCACGCUGCGACGAAGGAGGAGGAGACGCCCAACCCCAAGCCCAAGGAUGGACCUCAGAUCCUCACCGAGAGUUUGAUUGUGCGAUAUAUCGUCGAGGGCGGCGGCGGCGUCGGGUCCAGCAAGACAAGACGCAUCAUGCGAGCCAUCUUCGCGGACGGGAGCCCCGCCCACGUCAACGAGUUCCGAGAGGUGUUUCACAAGGAGCUGAAGCAGCCGAAGCGCGAGGCCGAGAAUAUCAAAAAGCGUGAAGUCGAGGUGAACAUCGAGCAGGAGCAGUACGGGGACUACCUCACCAACGACAACGACGACGCCGGCUCCUCCCAGGACGAGACCGACCCGUCAGCGUCAGCGACAGGGAAAGGCAAACGUCCCCCACGACAGACGAAACGCCCUCGUCGCGGCACCCGGUCCGCAAAGGACCCCAGCGCCGACGACGACGUGCACGCCGCCCCUCUGCCCAACGGCAUCGACCACCUCGGCGGCCUCCCCUCGCUGGCUCUCCGCCAACGACUCCUCCACCUCCUCUCGACCGUCUCGCAGCACCUCCCCGCAUCAUUCAUCAACCUCGAAGGUCUCUACCACCUCUUCGUCGAGAACAUCCGCCACCUGCCCCUCUCCACAUUCCAAGCCCUCGUCAGCCCCUCCGUGCUCCCUUACUUCUCCGCCGCCGCAACCACCACGCUCUGCGAGUGCCUGCUAUUCCGGAUGCGCGAGAGCGGCGCCGCCGACUCCGACGAGGAGUACCUCAGCCAAUCGAAGCUGGAGCGGUGCUUCCUGCCCUACGCGGCCAGCACGACCGGCAUCGUCGACAACGCGAAGAUGUCCAUCGCCAUCGAGGCCCUGCUGAUGCUGCUGGACGACGGCGGCCUGCUGAAGGUGACGCCGGAGCUGAAGGCCGCGCUGAAGAAGGGGAUCUGGGCCCGUGCCGAGAAGGCGCAGCAGAGUCGCAAGUUCGAGAUCACCGAGUAUCAUUGGUUGUCGGAGAGUGCGGAUCGGUUGAGGUUCUUGGUUGAUGAGGUCUUGUCGGAGGGGUCGAGUUGAUUGAGAGAUUGUUGUUGUUUGUUUGUUAGUUCGGUUUUGUCAGUUGGUUUAAUAGAUACCCGGUUUCGUUUUCAUGGAUCCUUUUGUUGUUUUAGAU